AGGCAUGCCCAGACCAUGGCCUUUGCAAUUGAUGAGAUCAACAGGAACUCAAAGCUGCUACCUAAUGUGACUCUGGGAUACAGUAUCUAUGAUAACUGUCUCACAAUUGGAGUUGGAUUUCGUGGUGCUUUGUCAAUGGCAAGUGGUCAAGGUGAUCAAUUCCUAUUGGACAAUAACUGUACAGCCCCCCCUCCAGUGUUGGGGAUUGUGGGUGAUUCUUCCUCUACACAUUCUAUUGCCAUUUCUGCUGUCUUAGGUUUAUACAGAGUACCAAUGGUGAGUUAUUUUGCCACAUGUUCCUGCCUGAGUGACCGGCAACGGUUUCCAUCCUUCUUUAGAACAAUCCCCAGUGAUGCCUUCCAGGUUCGUGCAAUGCUCCAGAUUCUGAAGCGGUUUGGCUGGACUUGGGUGGGCCUGCUGAUCAGUGAUGAUGACUACGGAUUGCAUGCUGCCCGAUCCCUCCAGUCUGACCUGGCUCAGUCUGGUGGAGGUUGUCUGGCAUAUUUAGAGGUUUUGCCCUGGAGUAAUGACACAGCUGAACUUAGGAGGAUUGUCAAUGUGAUGAAGAAAUCCACAGCUCGUGUGGUCAUUGGAUUUACACAUGAGAGCCAAAUGAUUAACGUGAUGGAAGAGGUGGUAAAGCAGAAUGUGACAGGUCUGCAGUGGAUAGCCAGUGAAGCCUGGACAGCAGCUACUGGGCUGCAGACACCCGACCUCAUACCAUACCUGGGGGGCACUCUGGGUAUUGCCAUCCGUCGAGGAGAGAUACCAGGACUCAGGGACUUCCUGUUAAGAAUACAUCCUGACACUGACCCUUACAGCAACUAUAAAAAUAACAUAGUGAGGCAAUUUUGGGAGUACACAUUUCAGUGUCGAUUCUCACCACCACCAGCAGAGUGGUUGGAUACUGGGGGAGCACUGUGCACUGGACAGGAAGAUCUGGAGAGUUUGGCGACCACCUUUUUGGAUAUGUCAGACCUCAGGCCAGAGUACAAUGUGUACAAGGCUGUGUAUGCCCUGGCAUACGCCCUCGAUGACAUGUUGCAGUGUGUGCCAGGCAGAGGGCCUUUCAGCGGGCACAGCUGUGCCAGUUUACAGAAACUGCAGCCAUGGCAGCUUUUGUAUUAUUUGGAAAGGAUCAGCUUCACCACAGCAUUUGGUGAUCAAGUGUCAUUUGAUGAGAAUGGUGAUGCCUUACCAAUCUAUGAUGUGAUGAACUGGCGCUGGCUCCCUGAUGGGAGCACAAUGGUUCAGAAUGUGGGUGUUGUUAAGAAGUCAGCCUCCACAGGUGAAGAGCUCACACUGGAUGAAGACAGAAUCUUCUGGAAUUUUGAACCCAAAAAGCCGCCCCAGUCAGUGUGCAGUGAGAGCUGCCCACCAGGCACCCGCAUUGCCAGAAGGAAAGGAGAACCUGUGUGCUGUUUUGACUGCAUCCCUUGUUCUGAGGGACAGAUCAGCAAUGAGACUGACUCCAUGGAGUGCAUCAGCUGUCCAGAGGAUUUCUGGUCCAGCCCCCAGCGUGACCACUGCAUCCCCAAAACAAUAGAGUUCCUCUCCUACCACGAGCCCUUGGGUAUCUGCUUGACAACCGCCUCAUUACUAGGCACACUCAUCUGCACCAUUGUGCUGGGAGUCUUCAUCUAUCAUCGCAGCACUCCCAUGGUGCGUGCCAACAACUCAGAACUCAGCUUCCAGCUCUUGCUGUCACUCAAAUUAUGCUUCCUGUGCUCGCUGCUGUUCAUUGGCCAUCCCAGGCUAUGGACAUGCCAGCUGAGACAUGCAGCAUUUGGGAUCAGCUUUGUGCUGUGUGUCUCAUGUAUCCUGGUGAAAACCAUGGUGGUGUUGGCUGUAUUCAAGGCCUCUAAACCUGGAGGUGGAGCUAGUCUCAAAUGGUUUGGUGCUGUGCAGCAAAGAGGGACAGUUUUGGUUCUUACUUCCAUUCAGGCAGCAAUCUGCACAGCCUGGCUUGUCUCUUCCUCACCAGCUCCUCAUAAAAACACACAAUACCACAGUGACAAGAUAGUCUAUGAGUGUGCCAUAGGGUCCACGGUUGGUUUUGCAGUCUUACUGGGCUAUAUUGGCUUUCUGGCUAUCGUCAGCUUCCUCUUAGCAUUCUUCGCAAGAAAGCUUCCAGACAACUUCAAUGAGGCCAAGCUCAUCACGUUCAGCAUGCUGAUCUUCUGUGCUGUGUGGGUUGCCUUUAUCCCUGCUUACAUCAACUCCCCAGGAAAAUAUGCAGAUGCUGUGGAGGUAUUUGCCAUCCUGGCCUCAACUUUUGGCCUCUUGGUGGCACUGUUUGGACAAAAAUGUUAUAUAAUCCUGCUGAGGCCUGAGAGGAAUACCAAGAAAGCUGUCAUGGGUCGAAGCACCAGCAAGAAAAGCACUUUCUAUCAGUAA